AAGAUAAACAAAAAGAUUGACAAAAACACGUGUGCUGUGUGCUUGUGAAAAGAGAGCAAGUUGUACAAAGUGGUACAAAUUUUCUGGCUAAUUUUUACUAAUUAAUGUCUAACAAUCAUUGAAAGUAUUUUGUUUUUAAACAAUAUUGUUUUUAUCCCAAGUGAAAACAAGUGAAAAGAAUUCGAACGAAAAAACAAAAAUGCCAUCUCUCGAUAGAAUAAAAAAGCCAGCGACUCAUCGUGGUAAGAGGGCAAUUUUAAAAAAAGAACCACAAUUAUUGGAAACUGCGAAACAAGCAUUAUGCAUCAAAGGAAGCACAAGUUCCAAAUUGGCACACGAUUGCAUGAAAGAUUUUUACGACCUGAAAAAACCCGAUGCACAAAUGAUGACGAAAAAGAAUGAAAUUCGACCAUUUGAAGAUAUAACGCCAAUUGAACAAUUUGCCACAAAAUUAAAUGCACCAUUAUUUAUGUUCACAUCGCAUAAUAAAAAAAGACCGAAUAAUCUUAUAAUGGGUCGAAUGUUCGAAAAUACCUUACUCGAUAUGGUGGAAUUUGGAAUUGAUGAUUAUAAAGGACUUAAAGAAUUUAAAGUUCCAAAAAUAGCCACGGGAAUUAAGCCAUUGUUAAUUUUUAAUGGCGAUAUCUUUGAAAAUAAUCGCGAAUACGGAAGAAUUAGAAAUCUUUUGAUUGACAUGUUUCACAGGGAGUCGACGAAAAAUGUUCGAUUACAGGGACUUGAGCAUGUCAUCAGUUUCACUGCUCGUGAUAAUAAAAUAUUGUUUCGCAGUUUUAGAGUCUUUUUAAAAAAAUCCGGAUCCAGAACUCCUAGAAUUGAAUUAGAAGAAAUUGGACCACACGUUGAUUUAGUUGUAAGACGAACGCAACUCGCCUCCGAUGAUUUGUUCAAACAAUCGUGCAAGAAACCUAAAGAACUCAAGGUGAAGAAGAAGAAGAAUAUUUCCGCUGAUCCACUUGGAAAGACACUUGGUCGUGUUCAUAUGGGAGCGCAAAAAUUGAACAAAAUACAAACAAGAAAAAUGAAAGGUCUACGAAAAACAAUGACCGAAAGAAAAGAGGAGAGAAAACGAAAAAGUUUAGACGCAGUGGUGACGCCAAAUGUGAAAAAAACUAAAACUGUUGAUGUUUAAAUUGUAAUUUUAUUCAUUUCUUCACGAAUGACCAUCUUGAAGAAUUCUUUUGAUCCUGAAAUUAAUUUCUAUUUUUAGAAAUAUGAAUAGCUUGUAAAAUUUAUCACAUAUUUUUUUGUACGAGAAUACAAUACUAUUUAGUCUUAAAAUAAAGAUAAAUUGAUAAUUAAACUAA